AUGGAGCAAUUCAGUAUCAAGGACCUUGGUCCACUGAAAUACUUCCUGGGCAUCGAGGUUGCUAGAUCACGACAUGGGAUUUCAUCGUCUCAGAGGAAAUAUACGCUGGAUAUUCUCGAUGAUGCAGGAGCACUUGGAGUGAAGCCUUGUGCGUUUCCCAUAGAGAAAAAUCAUCACCUCACUCGUAUAGAAGGACCAGCUGCACAGGAUCCUUCAGCUUAUCGCAGGUUGGUUGGCCGACUUCUGUACUUGACUGUUACACGGCCAGACAUAGCUUAUGUGGUAAACAUUCUUAGUCAAGCAGUUCAUUCACCACGUCAGCAACUCGUGGAAGCAGGUUACAGGGUGCUUCGAUACCUGAAGCAUGCCCCUGGUCGAGGUUUGUUCCUUCCCUUGAAUAGUUCUUUAAGUCUUACAGCUUACUAUGAUGCAGAUUUGGGGAGGUUGUCAACAAACUCGACAUUCCACGACUAG